AAAAUAUACCAAAAAAAAAAAACUUGGAUCCAGUCAACUUUUUAACCAAAUUUCCACGCUGUGUGUGUAUAUAUAUUAUGAUCAUUUAAGCUUUAAAUUAAGGUGUGCCCACAUAAAUAUUUUGAGAGAUGUCAUCCAUGGCUAACUUUUUUAUUACAUUUGUAGCAGCUGUAUGGGUCUGUACCACAGAGGCUGCCAAACCCAAUCUUACAAACAUCCAAUUCUACAUGCACGACGUCGUUGGUGGUCCAAACGCAACAGCAGUCCAAGUUGCUAGUCGAUUAACCAAUUAUACAGGUUCCGACCCGAUUGCAACCAUGUUGGGGUCGAUUUAUGUUAUGGAUAAUCCACUUACAGCCACACCGGAGCCAAACUCGACGCUGGUUGGGCGAGCCCAAGGGAUGUACGUCAUUUCAUCGCAGCACAACGAGUUCAGCCUACAUAUGACGUUGACGUAUGUGUUGGCUGCCGAUGGACCUUAUAACCGGAGCACGUUCAGCGUGGUGGGGCGUAAUCCGGUGAUGAACGACGUUAGGGAGAUGCCCGUGGUAGGAGGCACCGGAAUGUUUAGGUUGGCUCGUGGAUAUUGCUUUGCUAAAACUCAUUCCACAGAUCAAAUGGACGCAAUUAUUGGCUAUAAUGUUACUUUGUUGCACGAGCAAAGCUAAUAAGCCAUGUUAUCAGAAAAAUAAAAGCUCAUUUAAUUAUACACAGAUAUAUAUAUAUAGUUAUUGUAUUAAAUUUAGAUUGUAUUGAGUAUGGUAUUAGUAAAAUAAAAUAUCAUUUUGAUUAUAGGAAUAUAUGUCCCAGAUGUGGAGAUUAGGGAGAGAAAGAACACUUGAAAACAGAAAGAAGAAAAAAAUUACAUAUAAAAGGAGGCAUCUUGCUCUUCA